GGCCGGCAUUAGAAGAGGACCUUGCUAGUCGUCCCUGCAAACUGAGGCCUAGUGAGAGACUGAAUCCAGCUCCGAUUGGCUGCAGAGUCUAAUCCAGGACUUUGGUUGCUGGCUCUGCAGUUGCUGAGACUUUCAAGCAGCAGAGUGCAGGCCGCAGUUUGCUUUCACCUGGAGAGGCAUUCAGUACACGUGGAAUCACUUGCCCCAGGGGUGGAAACACAGUCCUACCAUCUGCCAUCGACUGAUCCAGACCACGCUGGAGCAAGGUAAAGCUCCAGAACACUUGCAAUAUAUUGAUGACAUCAUUGUAUGGGGCGACACAGCGAAAGAAGUCUUUGAGAAAGGUGAGAGAAUAAUUCAGAUUCUUUCAGAUGCUGGUUUUGCCAUAAAACGAAGCAAGGUCAAGGGACCUGCACGAGAGAUCCAGUUUUUAGGAAUAAAAUGGCAAGAUGGCCAUCGUCAGAUCCCAAUGGAUGUGAUCAACAAAAUUGCAGCAAUGUUUCCACCUACUAAUAAAAAGGAGACACAGACUUUCUUGGGCCUUGUAGGUUUUUGGAGAAUGCAUAUUCCCGACUACAGCCAGAUUGUGAGCCCCCUCUAUCAAGUGAGUCGUAAAAAGAACCACUUUGAGCGGGGCCCUGAACAACGACAAGCCUUUGAACAAAUUAAGCGUGAGAUAACUCAUGCGGGUGGCCCUUGGACCAGUUCAGACUGGACUAGAUGUUAAAAAUGUGCUCUACACCGCAGCCGGAGAUAAUGGACUUACCUGGAGCCUCUGGCAGAAAGCACCAGGAGAAACCCAAGGUCGACCCUUAGGUUUUUGGAGUCGAGGAUACAAAGGAUCUGAGGGCAACUAUACUCCAACUGAAAAAGAGAUACUAGCAGCAUACGAAGGAGUUCGAGCUGCUUCAGAAGUGAUCGGUACUGAAGCACAGCUCCUCCUGGCACCUCGACUGCCGGUGCUGAGCUGGAUGUUCAAAGGGACGGUUCCCUCUCCACAUCAUGCAACCGAAGUUACGUGGAGUAAAUGGAUUGCAUUGAUCACGCAACGAGCUUGAAUUGGAAAUCCCAGUCGCCCAGGGAUCUUAGAAGUGAUUACAGACUGGCCAGAAAGUAAAGACUUUGGGAUGUCUCCAGAUGAGGAGGAAGUAAAACGUGCUGAAGAAGCACCACCGUAUAAUACACUUUCAGAGACUGAUAAGCAGUAUGCACUGUUCACUGAUGGAUCCUGUCGUCUUGUAGGAAAACAUCGAAGGUGGAAAGCUGCUGUGUGGAGUCCCACACGACAAGUUACAGAAGCCACUGAAGUACAAGGUGAAUCUAGUCAAUUUGCAGAAGUGAAAGCCAUCCAGCUGGCUUUGGACAUUGCUGAACGAGAGAAGUGGCCAAUACUUUAUCUCUAUACUGACUCAUGGAUGGUAGCAAAUGCCUUGUGGGGGUGGCUACAGCAAUGGAAGAAAAGCAACUGGCAGCGCAGAGGUAAACCCAUUUGGGCUGCCACACUGUGGCAAGACAUUGCUGCUCGGCUAGAGAGCCUGCCUGUGAAAGUUCGGCAUGUAGAUGCUCAUGUGCCUAAAAGUCGAGCCACCAAGGAACAUCUAAACAACCAACAAGCAGAUCAAGCUGCUAAGAUUAAAGUAGCUGAGGUGGACUUGGACUGGCAACAUAAAGGUGAACUUUUCCUAGCUCAGUGGGCUCAUGAUGCUUCAGGGCAUCAAGGUAGAGAUGCAACAUAUAAAUGGGCUUGCGAUCGAGGGGUGGACUUAACUAUGGACACUAUUUCACAGGUUAUUCAUAAACGUGAAACUUGCACCGAAAUCAAACAAGCGAAACGGUUAAAGGCUGUAUGGUAUGGGGGGCGAUGGUUAAAGUAUAAGUACGGAGAAGCUUGGCAGAUUGAUUAUAUUACACUUCCACAAACACGUCAAGGUAAGCGUUAUGUACUUACAAUGGUGGAAGCAACCACUGGAUGGUUGGAAACAUAUGCCGUACCUCAUGCUACAGCCCAAAAUACUAUCUUGGGCCUUGAAAAACAAGUCCUUUGGCGACACGGUACGCCAGAAAGAAUUGAAUCAGACAACGGUACUCAUUUCAAAAACAGUAUUAUAGACAAUUGGGCCAAAGAACAUGGUAUUGAGUGGGUACAUCACAUUCCAUAUCAUGCACCAGCCUCUGGGAAAAUUGAAAGGUACAAUGGUUUGCUAAAAACUACACUAAAGGCACUUGGUGGUGGAACCUUUAAAAAUAGGGAUUCACAUUUAGCAAAAGCCACUUGGUUGGUCAACACCAGGGGAUCAACCAAUCGAGCCAGGCCUGCCCAAUCAGAAAUUCUACGGACUGUAGAAGGAGAUAAAGUCCCUGUAGUACACAUGAAAAACAUGUUAGGAAAGGCAGUCUGGGUUACUCCUGCCUCAGGCAAAGGCAAGCCCAUUUGUGGGAUUGUUUUUGCCCAGGGACCUGGCAGCACCUGGUGGGUGAUGCUUAAGGAUGGAGAAGUUCGGUGUCAACCUCAAGGGGAUUUGAGUUUACGUGAAAAUAUGCAAUAUUGAACUGCAUGAUGUGAAUUGUCAUGCUAACA